AUUUCGUGUGACCUGGCAGGUGUGAAAGCGUUGGCACUGUGCAAGCGGGAUGACAUUUGAUGAACCAAAACAGGCCAUUAAAGAAGCAGCUAAAGUCUAUGUAAGUCCGUUCUGUGGCCGUCAGAGGCGUUCAGUUCCCAGUUUACGUGAGAAAUGCGUCGCUGAUGUAAAACUUCCGGCUGAAGUGCGCAGUUUUUCUCACCGUCCUGUUCCUCACUUUGUUCAGCUGCUCAGUGUUUUUUUUUCUUAAAUCAGGCUCAGCAAGUUUAACGAUGCGACUCACGUGUAAUUACAACUUUAAUGAUCCCUGAAGUUGAAGCGCAAAGUCGAAAGAGAAAGCCUGUCGUGCAUUUUUCGGCUGGACUUGACGGGCGCAUGACAGCUGCGGAAUCUUAUCUGUCCUCCCUCCAAAAACACCCGGUAGCUGCCGUUUAAAGCCCGUCGGUGUGAAGGUUUAUACGCAGGUUGCAGAGCUUGUUCUGUUUUGGUAUCAGCAGACCACAGUGUGCUGAGACAUCAUCCUCAGACUGCAGCUGAAGCCUGUACUCCACUGCCACAGGUGAACAUGGAAGUGGAUCUAGAUGGAAUAUUUCUUCAGAACAACACAUAUGACUAUGAGGACUACGAAUAUAAAGGAGACUACGAAUCAAGUAGUGAGACAGUGGGGUUGCCGGUUUUGUACUCUUUCGUGCUGGUUGUGGGCCUCCUGGGGAAUAUACUGCUCCUGGCUAUUCUGGCUCAGAAGAGGCCAUCAUGGAGCAUGUCAGACACCUUUGUCCUCCAUAUGGGUGUUGCAGACAUCCUGCUUCUGGUGACGCUGCCCCUCCAGGCUGCACAGGCGGCUCGGCAUUGUGAAUGGUGCUUUGGAAUCUUCUGCAAGAUCUGUGGAGCUGUUUUUAAUAUCAACUUCUACUGUGGGAUCUUUCUGCUGGUUUGCAUCAGUUUAGAUCACUACUUGUCUGCCAUCCAUGUCACCCAGCUGUACUCUCACAAGAAGCCCUGGUUAGUUCAUAUCAGCUGCCUCUUGGUCUGGCUUGUUUCCCUUCUCCUCACCAUCCCUGACUGGAUUUUCCUGGUGGCAAUGACAGAGAAAGAUCCAGUAAAAAACAAAACAUUUUGUGUGCACGACUACUCUCAGUCUGUAACUGACUGGCAGCUGUUGUCACGUUUGCUCCACCACAUGGUAGGCUUUGUCCUGCCUGCAGGCGCCCUGGUCAUCUGCUGGUCCUGCAUCUUACUACGGCUUCAGAGAAGUUCUAAAGGCCUCCAGAACCAGAGAUUCAUCAUGGUCAUCCUGCCUCUGAUAGUAGUAUUCUUUCUCUGCUGGAUGCCAUAUAACAUCACACUCAUUGUGGACACCUCCAGGAGGAGCUCUGAGGAAUCUUACAAGGAUUUAUCUGGAAAUCCUGAAGGUUCCUUGAAAGCAGCUCUUGUGGCCACCUCUGCCCUGGGCUGUGUGCACGCCUGCCUCAGGCCUCUGCUGUAUCUUGGCCUGUGUAGAAACUUCAGGAGACGGUUGCUGGACGUGUUGAAAUGUGCUACAGUUGAAUCCAAGAGUUCACUGUGGGAGAUCAACGUGGGUGAGGAAGCUCUGCCUGACCAAAGUCAUGAGGGGGAAGAGCUGAAACAGAUGACAAGUGCAGAGCAUCAGGUGCAGUCAGUUCAGGGCCGAUGACUGGACAGAAAUGUCUUGCUGUGACUCAGAACUGAUCUGAAUAAUGAUCCUCCCCUGAGCAGUAGUGGCCUUGGUCAUCAUGUCAUUGGAUCAGUGGGUGGAGGACUAUGUUCUGUGUAAUAGUUAGAAAUAGAUAUUUAUAUAAAAAAAGACUCUCUCGCAUUCCGCUUUUAAUGUGAAUGUUUCAGAGCACCAUCGCCGAGUCAUGAAUUGUUGUACUGUUUAAGCUUAUCACUUUAAAUCAUGAACUUUAGAUAUCUGUAUUUUAUUGUGUAAUGUUUUUGUCAUUCUAACUGAAAACAAGCAGUUUCCAGUAUUUUAUCGACAGUAAAAAUCAUUGAGUCAGUGAAGAAUUUUCAACUUUUGUACAGUUGUCACAAAGCUAAUGCCAUAACAUUCGAAACUGAAUAGAAUGCACAUUCUUAUCCUUGCCAAAGCUACUGUAUUACCACAUUCAACAGGCUGACACAGUUUGGAACCUUAUCACUGAGAAUACUUCACUUUUCAUUUCGUGAGCUAGUUUUUAUUUACUUUUUUUAGUAGAGAUGGUGAAUUCCACAAUUGCACAGUGAGUGUGUGCAUGUCUGUGUAUGACUACAGUGGCUUUAUGGAUUUUCCCCAGUGAAUCCCAUAGUUUUUGUUCUUUUUGAUUUCACUGUUGCAACAUUACUGUGUGGGUUAUACAAGAUGACACAAACGGAUCAUGACAUCAUCAGUCAGGUGACAGAGCAACACCGAGGAGGAGGAGGAGGAGGAGGAAGAAGAAAAAAAGCUCUGUUGUUGUUGCUGCAGUCUCUCCGUAGCUCGCUGUUAAAUUCUUAUCAAAGAACUUGGCUGUUUGGUAGAAAGACAUCGGCACACUUUCUGCAGUUACUGGGGAAAUGAGUAGGUGACAAAAGAAGGGAAGUUAGAGAAGAUAAACAUCUUCUUGUGACAAUCAUAGUACAUGUUGUGCCAAACAACAAAGUCUGUGGUUUUUAAUGCUACAUUGCUCUACAGGUUAUGACCUGCCAGGCAAGCUUCAUUUCUGGGCUCAAGGGAUAAUAAUGAUGCUCAUCUUUGCAAAUGAAACUUUAAUUAGAGAGUACUGUCAUAGAUGGGUGCUCAUUUGGAAACUUAAUAUACAGUAUUUUCACACUUAACAAACGUGAAACCGUUUCCUCCUCUCAGCCCAGCUCUUUUCCUUCCUCCUACAGCUGAAAGAUGUGUAUUUAGAGCCUGAGUCUCAUUAAGAAUGUGGCCUAAUCUGAGAAAUACCGGCUGACAGUAACAGCAGAAUCCCAUCAUGUUUAUCACAUUACUGGUAGUGAUUACUCUUGAGACUCACAUUAACUUGAAGUUUCAUUUCCUGCUUCAGCUCAAGCCUAUCUGUAAACACAAGCAGCUGACCAUGAUUCUUUACUAAGUAACAAAUGCGUUAUCAGCACAAACAAAAACAUCGGAAAAUGGUUUAGAUUCCUCCAAAAACUAAGGUAGAGUGCUUUACUAUAGUUGGAAAAAAACUUUUAUCACAUGACUGCAUUGAUUAACAACUAGAAAUGUUAAUGUUGGCCUCAUAGUGCUUAAUGUGUUUGAAUGGGUUUCCAAACAAGCUCUUCAAUCCACUGUAUUAUUUUCUGCUUCAGGACUGAAAUGUUGAUAGUUUAGACCUGCUGGUUGUUGCUAGUAUGAUCCUGUACAGAGCCCCUACCAGCCUGCAAAGGCUCAGCAGCGAUGGCACAUGUGUUUUAUAUAUGUGUUAGUUGACCUGGAUAAACCUGUCUUAAGUCACAUUAUUUCGGUGUGUUCAUCUUUAAUCUUGUCACCUAUCAGUUUUCUGCUGAAAUCACGCAGAGGAUGUGUGUCAGCUUUUUGUCGCUUUUCUUCCAUUUCCUGUCAAAAAGAUGCAAACUAUUUCCAGUGAAACGGCUACCUGUGGGUUUCUAUUUUUGUAUUAUUCUUGCAUGUAUUCUGCACAUGAUUCUAGUUGUAUCAUUAAAAUAUAGAAACUGAUAGAAAGUUCUCUACAUGUUCAGGGUAUAUAUUAUAAUGUCUCAGGUGCUCAGUGCAAAAAAAGAAAGAAGACAGAGAGAGAGCAGAAAUGAAUGUUGCACAAUCUGACUUCUCUUGAAAUCUAAGUUUCAAUCUUAACAUUUAUUGUGUACACUGCAUUUUCAGAACCACGAUCUUAUCUUUACAACGUGCAAAAAUCUAGUAUGUGAUCAAAAAGAUUACAAUUCAGAAAGCCUAUGAACUCUAUGUUACAGUCCACAGUGCAUUUUGAGUGAAAACACAUAAAACAGGCAGGGUAUGAACUGCAUCCACUGUUUCUUGCCUAACUCUUUAUCUACAGCAGAAAAAAGAUACAGUUGGAUUUUUAGUUUUUUUUCGAUCAUUCAAAAUUGGGAGUUGGUUUUAGUUAAAAUAAGUAGAAGAACAGAAAUGUUGUCAUUACAGCAUACAAUCCAUUUUAAAUAAUACUUCUAUGGCCAGCAACUCAGUUCGCUUGAGAAACAGUGCAUUUUAUUCAAUCAUUUAACAAUUUCAAUUUAUUCUUUUGCAAAAUUUCAAUCUGCCCUAAAUGUGUGUUGUUUUUUUUAACUAAAAGCAGUGGUAAUAUUUUCAGGCCAUGAGGAAAAGAGUCUGGGAUUGAAGCACUCUGAGGCUGGAUGAGACUAUAUAUAAUUGCAUUAACCUCUGAAUAGAGCAGAGCAGAAAACUAUAGCGUCCCUCUGCCAAAUAAAAAUGUAUUUUACUCCUAUAUCAGUACUCUUAAUCCUACUGGUUGACUGAUAAGAUUUAGAGCCACGGAUCUUGCCAUGAACUGUUCCUAAUGCAUAUGUUACUUUAAAUAUGUUUUGUUACUACCUCUCUGUUUCAUCUGUUGUUAUUCUCCGUUAUGUUGAGCAAAAGGAAAGUUUGGACUUCAGUGUACAAUAAAGAUAAAAAUUUUAUUCCAUA